AUGGAUCGGACCAGGCUGCAAUUUGAUGGUUCGUAUGCGGACCAUCCUUUUACAUAACAAAUAUCCGAACAAACUAAAGAAAAUAAAAAGAAAACAACAGAUUUUAUGUUUCAAUAGGUGGACAUUUGGCCAAAAAUCGAAAAUACUCUUUUUUUGUCAUUUAAAUAGUCUAGAAUAUGCAUCUCGGAUAGCGCUAUCUAGGGGUGGCGCAUUUUCUUUACUGAUGCGUUACUUUACUGAGUAAAGCAACGCUUUCAAAUAUCAUCGUAUGAAUGACGAACAACUGAAAAUGUAUUGUUUUAUCACCUUCCGGACACAAUGCGAC